AUGACUUAUGAGGAUCUUGCAGACGUAGUAGCACUGCUCCAACCAAAGCAACGAAGCAGAGGAAUUUCAUGGCGCAAUCGAAUCAAUGCAUCACAGGCACACUGGGCAGCAUUAAUACCCAGUCUGUCCGACAUUUAUCUCAAGUUCAAGACCAGCAAUCCUCAAUGUACGCUGCUUCAUUCCCGCGAACCACCUGAAGGUUCAGAUUUCGUUUAUAUCUAUGCUGUCGACAUCUUUGACAGCCGCUCAUACGAAUACAUGCCUCGGGAUCCGGGUGAGGCCUCACCGACAUUUGCCCUUCUUCGUGCUGGCUACAUCCCAGCCACUCCCAUCAAUCCAACCGUAGCGAUUUCGAUACGCUCACUCGAACUUCUCCACUGUCUGAUGCGCACGUCACCGAGCUUCAGUAUUCAGUCAUUUACCCGACUGUUGGCCAAUUUACAUUGUGUCUCGCUUGCUUUUGAGGCAUAUUAUGCUAUCAUUACGAGAGUGAACGCCUUUGUAAAGCGUGUCAUGGCGCACGAUACGCCAGAUUAUCGCCUCAAGAACUCAUGCCCUGCAUGCCAUUACAAGCUUCAUGAUGAGCCCAAGCGCCCCAUCGAGUUAAUUGUUACUGGCGAUGGAAACACUUCCCUUUCACGCCUUCCACACCAAUAUGAAUCUGACUGUCGGACUUUUUUUAGUGAUUACUUUUUACCUCGAUCAGAGGUAGAUGCAUUUCAAAAUACCAAGAAACAAUCUCAGCUUGACUCAACAACAGGACCAAGCGACCCACUCCCCGAAUCGUGCAUUGGAUGGAAGAACUCUCGGCCAAUGGCUCAAACAACAAAGGCUGGAUCCCUCGGCGUUAUGGAUGAAACGGGCAUAUUUUUAAUUAUUUGCCGCCAUGGCAUUGUCCAGUUUGUCAUGGAUAUGGUCAAAAGCGGGGAAUUAGCAAAGUACCCAGUGGCAGCAGCAAACAAACUAAUAAGUACGUUUGGCCAUAACAUCCUCUUUGCUUACGAUGUUGGAUGCACCUUCUCCGUCAUGCUCGCCCGCUCUGCUAUUGGCGAUGUGGCACAUCAGGCCAAUUUCUUGUGCUGUACCGGCUCCUUUCACGGUGUUGCCCACAGUCUCAAAGAAGGGGCGGGCAUUGAAGAUGGGGAAAGCAAUGAACAGGCAUUCUCCUCCAGUAAUGGCGUUGCAGCGGUAACCCGGCACGCGUCUGUGCAUUACCGUCACUUCCGGAUUCACCUUCAUUUUGAGAAGUGGGACCAGGAUAAGUAUGAGCGCUUGGGCAACUUCCUAUUAGGGAACCAUACCUCUGCGUGGAUGCAGAUCCGCGAAUCCAUGGGUGUCUUAGAAGCAAUGAAACACAUGCACCCAUCAUUCGAUUUCGACCGGGACUGUCCACUAUUUCUGCGAGAAGAGAAGGAGUACAUUGCAUCGCUGAGGUCUGAGCCGAAGGCUGAGCAAGCCAAAAUCGAGUACCUUGAAGCACUGGAGCGAUUAGAGAAUGCUGAGUUGGAGCUUCGGCCUCUGUUAUCAAUGCUAUCUGCAUCACCAACCUCGGAACUCGCCUACCAGGCUUCGCGUGCUCAACGCAAAGUGGAGGAUGCACGCUGCAUUGUCUCUGCACUGGAGGCAACGUCGUCUCUCACCUUGCCCUGGCUUGCAAACUCUCCUCAGCGCCAGGAAGCCAUCCAGUUGCGUAAUGAGAGAAAGUAUCAUCGCCUUCUUGAUGAUCUGGAACACCGUGCUAUCUCUCGUCAGUUUGAGUUGGAGAAAAUGGGUCUUCCAAAGACCGACUACAAAACCCGUCAACGUAUAUCACAGUUGAUCGGAAAAUGGAGCAGGACGCUUCAUUCCACCCUUGAGAAGUACAAUACCGCUGCCGCAGCAAUGAUACCUCCGAAGCCAUCCCUCACUUGGGAUGACAUAACCCAUCCCGACUUCCCAAGCACAGUUGAACUAUUACGGGGUCGUGAUGAUAUUCGGAGUUGUGAAUGGUCGCAGGAGCAUUUCCGUGCAGCAACCCGUGCCUGGGCAAGCCUCCAACGUGCAAAAGAAGAACUUGUUACCAUCGGAGUUGAAACCCGCAGGAUACUGACCUCUAUGAGGGAUGAGGAGCUACAGCUCAAGGUAACUAUCGAGGCUAUGGCUGCUAGCAACCCAACCCUUGCGUCAUAUAUCUCGAUGGCUUUCAAGUGGCAUGUGGAAGCAAAUGCCCACCUCCGCAAGAAAUUAUCGCGCCUCGAGUCCCAUCCAUAUUAUCGUUCCCCACGUGGAACUGGUACUUCUGCUCGCUCUGAGUGGGUGCCUCCAAGCAACUCCGACGAUAAUCAACAACUCAGCGUUGAACCCAAUUUGCCUUCUGGGAAUGAGACAGCUGACAGGGGAAACGGUGGCAAUGUGGAUGAUGGGCUAUCUGAGGAAGAAGGCGAAGAGCAGUCACAAUAUGCCAUUGAUAAGCUUGUCGAUCUGUUAAACAGCACUGUAAUUACAUAG